AUGGAAGAACAACCACAAAAACAGCAACAGCAACAACAACAGCCCCAGUCACCCGAAUAUGAAAUGUCUGUUGAUAAUCCGGAUGAAGAUGAACUUUGGUUGAGUGGUCAUCGAUCUAUAUUCUCAUCUUAUGGAAGUUGUUGUCGUAAAGCACCACCACAACUUCGUGAUAGUCAAUACGAAGGCUUUCAUUGGGAUUUAUAUGAAGAUCGUAAUUAUCAUCAUCUUGCUUUUGAACAAGAACAACAAGAAAUUCCUGCUCCAUGUCAAGCAACAAGUCUUUCUGAAUGGUCAAUGCGUUUAAGUUCAGGUGUUAUCGGUGGUGGAGGUGAUACUGAAGAUGAUGCCGAUGUUGAAGGUGAUGAUACAACCUCAUCGUCUGACCCACCACGUACAUCAUGGCAUGCUAUAAAAUCAAAAUCUAUUCAUCGAAGUUGUUCAUCAUCAUCAGCUAAUACAUCAGAUGCGAGUGGUCAUCGAUCACGUAGUCCACUAACAUUAUAUCGUUUAUUUCAACGUACAAGAUCUCAACAACACCCGUGUCGUUUAUAUCAAAAUUUUAGUGAUAAAAGUAUAUGUGAUUCAUUAACAUCAUCAUCUUGUUCAAAUUUAAAUAAAUUAAAUGAAUCAAUGAAACAAGAAUAUAAAAUACCAAUACCAAGAUUUAAAUUAAAAAGUCCAACAACUUUUUCACAAUUAAAAUUAAAUAAAUCCAGUAGUCAUAAUGAUCUCUCAUCAUCAACGGAACAGUCAUCAACAAAAAGUAAAGACCAUUUCAAGGUUUCUAAUCAAAUUGUUGCACCACGACAUAGUGUUGAUCAAUGUCUUCAAACAUCUAUACAUGUUGACAAUAAUCUGUCAUCUCAACCUAAAUCAACACGUCGUUUUAUUCCACGAUCAACUUCUCGACCUAUAAACACAGACAAUCAUUGUUUGCAAACAGACAAUGGAUCCGUAACGCGUUCGAAAAGUGUUGAUCGUUUAUUGAAUAAUAAUAGCAAUAAUCCUAGUCAACCAUCAAAACUUCCAUCUUCAACAUCUCAUCCAUCAUUACCAACGAUUUCAUCUUUGCCAGAUCUUAGUUUUCUUGUUUACUAUGCGAAAGAAAAUCCAGCCCCGCCACCACCACCACCAUCUACACCUACAAUUCAAACAACACAUUUUCAAUCAGGAAUGAAAACAACAUUAUCUGAACCAUCAUCAUUAACAAAAAAAGGAAUACGUACUGUAUUCUAUUGUAGUAUUAAAGUGCCAUCGUCAACAGUAUCAUCGUCAUCAUCAUCUAAUCUCUUGAGACCUACAUCACUUCAUCCUCCGAUGUCAAUAAUGCAAAGGCCACGAACACUUAAAGAAAUUAAACGUAUUAAAAAUAUUAAAACAAGUCCAACAACAAUGAAUAAUAGCCCACUUCGUGCCUUACCACUUAGUCCAUCUGUUCCAUCAAAUAUUGACAAUCAUAUGAAAGAAGAGGAAACAGCUACACUUUCAUCUACAUGUUCAAGUACAUCAACGAGUGCAAAUAGUACAUCAAGUAGUGGUUAUUUUAGUAAUAGUUCAACAAAUCAUCCACGUCAUAUUCAAACACCUACAUCAUCAUCAUAUCCACUUAAAUCAUGUUUAAAACGAGCUAAAACUGAAGAUUUAACAAGUACACCAUUAGCGAGUACGCCAUCAACAACGGCGAAUGUGCUUGCAGUUGGAACUGCUGGUGAUAUAUUUACAUUAGCUGCACAAAAAUUAGCGGCUACACUCGGUGAUCAUAGUUUAAAAGCAGCACGACAUCGACGUUAUUCCGCACCAACUAUUUCAUGGCGUCAACAAAAUUAUUCUAUGCAGUUACGUACACGACAAAAAGGAUGUACAUUAUCUGAACAUGAUCUUCGUGCAAAGAAAAGUGUUAGUUUUUGUGAUGAUAUUGCUCGAAGACUUAUAACACCAUCGGCUAGUCCUAAACAUCGACCAACACCACCACCAAUUACAAGACCAUUUAGACAUGAUCGAGAUUAUUGUGAUUUAGUACCACGAGAAAGUUUAACAGAUAGUCCACCGUGUGAAUUUAAUUUAUCUGACGAUGAUCAUGAUGAUAAUAAUGAACAACAACCAAUGAAUUUUAUCGAACAUGCACCAUCAGAAUUAGCAAAACCAUUACCGGUUAAAUAUGGAAGUGAUAAAUAUCUUGUUGAUGCAUUUGCAAAUACAGUUCUUCAUGUAUUAGAAAUUAAAUGUGGUGAUCCUCAAUCUUAUUAUUUAAAUAAUAUAACUAACCGAGAACUUGAUCGAACACUUCGUCAAGAUUUAUGUCCAUUAUUACGUGAAGUACUUGAAGAUGGUUUACGACAAUAUAGUGGUUCUUUAUUUUCAAAAAAAGUCAAUUUAUGGCGUUUAAUUGAUUUAACAACACCAACAACGGACCGUUUGAAUGAAGCUAAAACUAAAGCACAAUUAGGACUACCCUCAACAGCUGAUUGGAUUGAAAAAUUCAAUGCAUUUAUUUAUCAUUUACUCAAUCUUCAUGAACUUGCAUCAUGGCUAUCACAUUUCAUAUCCCAUCGUGCAACAUUUACUGGAUAUUAUGAAUCAUGGGCAUUCAUACUUGUACAUGCAGAUAAUGAUCUAUUUGAACGUAUUACAAAUCAAUUAGAAAAACUAUCACCCUUACCCUUUCGUCUUAAAUAUAUUCAUUCAUCAAAUGUUAUUCCAGCAGCAAGAACACCAUCAACUACUACAACAGCAAAUCAACGUCCUACUUCAUUAUUACCAAAACGUUUCAAUGUUCGAGCUUGGUUACGUGAUCGUAAAACUCAAGUCAAAAUUUCACCAAAAGAACCACAAGUUCCUACUCCUCCUUCAUCAACAUCAUCAUCAAUAAAUAAACUGAAUUCAUCGUCUACAAAUCUACCAUCAAAACCAGUAUCAUCUGUGGCAACGAAGCCAUCAGCAGCCGUAACAUCAGUACCACAACCACCAAAUGUUUCUGUACGGCGUAAACUUGGCUCAAUUCCAGUACCUAAACGACAUCAAACAGUGCAUUAA